CCGGCAGCUUCCCCUUUUCUGCCCUGCUCCAGGCGCUGGGCUCUCCCCCUCAGUGCCUAGGAGCAGGGACGGUGGCACCAUGGCCCCCCGCACGGCUGCCGUCCGCCAGACCUGCUGCUGCUUUAACGUCCGCAUUGCCACCACCGCCCUGGCCAUCUACCAUGUGAUCAUGAGUGUGUUGCUGUUCACCGAGCACUUAGUGGAGGUGGUUCAUGGCAAGGCCUCCUGCAAGGUCUGGCGGACGGGCUACCUCAGGCUCGCCAACCUGAUCUCCAGCUUCCUGCUCAUCAUCAUGCUCUUUGUCAUCAGCUUGAGCCUACUCAUCGGAGUGGUCAAGAACCGGGAGAAGUACCUGCUGCCCUUCCUGUCUCUGCAAAUCAUGGACUUCCUGCUGUGUCUGCUCACCCUGCUGGGCUCCUACAUCGAGCUGCCCGCCUACCUCAAGUUUGCCUCCCGGAGCAGCCGGGUGGGUCCCUCCAAGGUCCCACUGAUGACCUUGCAGCUGCUGGAUUUCUGUCUGAGCAUCCUGACCCUCUGCAGCUCCUACAUGGAAGUGCCCACCUAUCUCAACUUCAAGGCCAUGAACCACAUGAAUUACAUCCCCAGCCAGGAGGGUGUGGCUCACAGCCAGUUCAUCAAGAUGAUGAUCAUCUUCUCCAUCGCCUUCAUCACUGUCCUCAUCCUGAAGGUCUACAUGUUCAAGUGCGUGUGGAGAUGCUACAAACUCAUGAAGUACAUGAACUCAGCUGAGGAGAAUAGCAGCUCCAAGAUGCUACCGAAGGUGGUCCUGCCGUCCUACGAGGAAGCCCUGUCUCUGCCAUACAAGACUCCGGAUGGGGGCCCAGCCCCACCCCCCUACUCAGAGGUGUGACGCACACCAGGCCCCAGCCCUGGUGCUGGGAGGGGCGGAGCUGUCUCACCAUCCGCUUCUCUGCUUUGGUGGCCGCCUCAGCUUGGGUGACCCACCCAGCUGACUUCAGGACAACCUGCUUGUGUCCCCCUCGCUGGCCUGCUUUUCCCGUGGGGCCUGGGAGAUGCUCACAACUGGGUCAACUUCAGUCUGAAAGACUCCUUGAGUCUCUCGGAAAUUUGGUCCAACAGGCCUCGGCUUAUUUUUGAUAGGCCCCAACACUUGUUCAAACCAUUCAUCGUCCUGAAUUCAGUGAGUUUGCUGAAACCACUUCAACGUGACCAGUUUAACUGCGUGGCUGACAAAUGAAAAGCACCCUUCUUGGUGCAGGGAAACUAGCUCGGUCAGACAGCCACAGUCCAUCACAUUGGUUUUUAGACCGUUGUCUGUUCACACGGCAACGCAGCCAAGUCAUCAUGCCUUGGUCCUCCCCACCAGACACAUCUGUGCGAUUUCUUCAGAUUGCUUGUUUCAACAAUUAUGGAGAGCCAACCACCAGUCGAUUCAAACCAGGGAUAAAAUUCAAUAACAACAAUAAAAAUCAAAUUAGUCCCAAACCGUUCCCUUCAAUCUAAUCCAAUAACUGGCUGCCCACUAAGGUCAAUUCAGUACUUCUGAGGGGCUGAGUAAUUGUUAGUUCGAACGAAAAUUCAGGCAGUUGCCAAACGCCAUCCAAUUGCUACUUCCAGGAAAUAACAGUUGUUACAAUCACCGAACUGUCCUGACCAACACACAAUUGUUUUGCUGAAGACAGACGAUCGUCACCAACAACCAGCCGCACGUAAUCAGUGUAAUGGCGCAGCAGUGGGAUCCGUGACGAGGGUGGCGUCAGGCGAGGCUGUCUCCAGCAGCAAGCUGGCGGGCCACUCCGCAGGGUGGCCCAUCUGUUGCCAAUUCGGGCAGAGGCACCUCUGAUCUGCCCAAUGCUUGUGCUUAUGCAGAAAUUUAGCCCUGACAUCGGGCAGGUCCGAUUGCUGGACUAAAUCCACAUGUCAGUUCAGUCAAAGCAGGCAAACUCUUUGUGGGCGCAGACCCCGCCAGAGGGGCUUGUUUCGGUGGUGGCAGAAGGGAAGAUAGGUCCUCUGGGAUCUGGGAGUGGGGGUUCAGAAGGAGAGGGCUGUGUAAGAGGCUCCCCACCGGCACCCCUUUGUUUAAUUGCUUUGUGUGUGAUGGGGAAGAAGGUUCAAUAAAGCAGUGCCACGCUUC